AUGUCAUCUCCUCCUCCGGAAUUCUCGACAGGUGCCAGCUCGCCGCAGCUUCGCUCAGACCCAUCCACUCCAGCCACUGAGCCGGAAGAUCCACUAGAGAGCAUCGAGAAUGACGACGACCAGUAUGUGCUUGUAACAGGUGGUUUGGGAUUCAUUGGUAGCCACACCUCUCUGGAAUUGCUUAAGGCGGGCUACAAUAUCAUCAUUGUCGACAAUCUCAGCAACAGUUACCGAGAUGUUUUCUCUCGCAUCCUCACCGCUGCGAACAUCCACUAUGAUCGUAUUGGUCUUCCUUGUCCCAAGGCAGAGCUAUGCUGCGCGGACUACCAGGAUAUAUCUGGAAUGGGUCUGCUGUUAGCGCAAUAUACCCUCAGAACUCCAAAUGCGGUUCCUCGGUCAAAGAUCACAGGUGUAAUUCACUUUGCUGCAUUCAAGGCCGUCGCAGACAGCAUCAAAUACCCAUUGAAAUAUUACCAGAACAACGUGCGAGGGUUGAUUGAUCUGCUCAGUCUUCUGGAUGACCAUGGCAUCAAAUCGUUUAUUUUUUCCUCAUCUGCAGCUGUGUACGGAACAUUAGCGGAUGGCACACCUCGACUGCGUGAAGAAAACUGCGUGCAUGAACGUAUAGCCUAUGAAGCAGAAGACGGAGGAGAAGUACACGUUGAGCCGGGAUGCACGGGAAUCACAAAUCCGUAUGGACGGAGCAAGUGGUUCGGAGAAGCCAUUCUCUCGGAUGUGUGUAAAUCGGACCCAUCAUGGACGGUACUCUGUCUCCGAUACUUCAACCCGAUCGGCUGUGAUGAAUCCGGGCUUCUGGGUGAGGAUCCAAGAGAUAGCGCCUCAAAUCUGUUCCCUGCAGCUGUACGUGCACUCACGGGACAAAGUCCUGAACUCUGUAUUUACGGUACAGACUGGGAUACUCGGGAUGGUAGUGCUGUUCGGGAUUUCAUUCAUAUCACGGAUCUUGCGCGAGGUCACGUCGCGACACUUUCUGCUGCACAAGAAGGACGGAUCACAGGUUCUUUCCGUACAUUCAAUUUGGGGACUGGCACUGGUCACUCUGUUAUGGAGGUUGUGCAAGCUCUCGAGGCGGUUAGUGAUUUGGAGAUCCCGGUGAGGAUUGUUGGUCGACGGCCUGGGGAUGUGGGAUCUUGUGUUGCUACACCCGACCGGGCGGAAAAAGAGUUGGGAUGGAAGACGGAGAAAUCAUUGCAGGAUGCUUGUGAGGAUCUUUGGAAUUAUCUUAGAAUAGACAAGGCUCAGUUGACUAGUUACUAG